AUGCAGCAGGAUGGUCCUGAGAGGGAGAGUGUGGGCGAGAGUGGUCAGCAGGCAGAGAGUGCAAGGCACAGGCGCAGUCAGAGCAGUGCUCAUGCUGUCAGGCGUAGCUUGGUUGAGUCACCUAGGCUGCAGCCGCAUCAGCAGCAGCAGCAAGGUUUGAGGCGACAGCAGGUGCAGCAGGAUGGUGUUGUGAGGGAGAGUGUGAGCGAGAACAGUCAGCAGGCAGAGAGCGCAAGGCACAGGCGCAGUCAGAGCAGUGCUCAUGUUGUCAGGUGUAGCUUGGAUAAGUCGCCUAGACCGCAGUCACAGCAGCAGCAGCAGCAGCAGCAAGGUUUGAGGCGACAGCAGGUGCAGCAGGAUGGUGUUGUGAGGGAGAGUGCCAGCGAAAGCAGUCAGCAGGCAGAGAGUGCAAGGCACAGGCGCAGUCAGAGCAGUGCUCAUGUUGUCAGGAGUAGCUUGGAUGAGUCAACUAGGCCUCAGCCGCAGCCGCAGCCGCAUUUGGGGCGAUGGCAGCAGCAGCAGCAGCAGCGUGGGACAGGGAGUGAGAGCGAGAGCAGUCAGUCAGUACAGCGUGCAGGUCACAGGCGCAGCCAAAGCAGUGCUCAUACUGUCAAUGGACGAAGCUCUGCUGACUCAGUGGGGCAGCAGCAACAGCAGCCCUAUUCUAGGAUGCCGCCCCCGCAGCAGCAGCAGCAGCAGCAGCAACAGCAGCAAGGGGGGAGUUGGAAGGAGAGGCCUAAGCAGCGGGAGGGAACAAGUGGGGAGGGCCAGAGGAGUGAGGCAAGCAAGAAGCGGGCAAUACAGGAUGCUGAGAUGCCAACUGGUUGGGAGGAAGCGUUGGGAGAGUAUGCCGGAGAGCGAAUGGGAGAGCAAGCAGGAGAGGCAGCAGGAGAGGCAGCAGGGGUGGCCGUUCAGUCCACUGGAAAGCCACGCGAGGCAGCAGGGGGGAUUGAAUGGGACCAAAUUUCACCUGAUGAUGCUGCAGUUCCCAUGGCCGCGCCUGUGUAUGGAUCCAUGGAGGAAGACCAAUGGGGGGAGGGGAACAGAGGUGACUGCGAAGGAAGUGAUAGUGACGAGGGCUCUGUUAUAGUGGCGGAUGUUGUGGAGUUGGAGAGUGGUGAAGUGGGAGGCUCGGCGUUUACAGAUAGGGAGGAAGUUUUUGAGGCGCCUAACAAAAGGAGCUCUGUUGCAGUGGCGGGUGUUGUGGAGUUGGAGAGUGGUGAAGUGGGAGGUUUGGCGUUUACAGAUAGGGAGGACAGGAGAGUAGAGGGAUGGGAGGAGGAAGCGGUGGAGGAGGAGGAGGGGGAAAGGGGAGAGGACGAAUCGGAGGAGGAGGAGGAGGAGGAGGAGGAGGAGGAGGAGGAGGAGGAGGAGGAGGAGGAGGAGGAGGAGGAGGAGGAGGAGGAGGAGGAGGAGGUGGAAGAGGGGGAGGGAGCAGAGGAGGAAGCGGAGGAGGCGAAGAAGGAAGAGGCGAAUAAAUGGGGGGAGGCAAAGUCAGUCCGGCAAGGCGGCUGGGGUGUGGAUGUGGGGUUGGGGGGGGCAGUGCAGGAUGAGGAAGAACAGGAUGAGGAGGAAGCGGGGGCAAAGGAGGAGGCAGAGGAGGAUGAGGGUUGUAGGUUGGGCGAACGGGUUAAGGUUGAAGAGGAGGAGGAGAGAGGGGGGGCGGAUUAUUGGGAUGAGGUGGUGGAAAUGGAGGAGGAAGAAGAGGAAGAGGGGGAGGCCUUCACCCCAGCCUCUGUAACAGCUGAAGAGGCAGUAGCUGUCACGACUGAUGAGGUGGUUACCGUAACGGUUGAUGAUUCGGUUACCGUAACGAGUGAUGAUUUGCUUACCGUAACGGCUGAUAAGCUGGUCAUUGACUUGUCUGAUGGUGAUGAUGAUGAAGGCACGAUACAGGAACUCCAAGCAGAGAGCUCUGUUGUAGUGGCGGAUGUUGUGGAGUUGGAGAGUGGUGAAAUGGGAGAUUUGACGUUUAUAGGUAGGGAGGAUGGGAGAGUAGAGGGGUGGGAGGCAGAAGUGGUGGACGAGGAGGAGGGGGAAGGGGGAGAUGAGGAAUCAGAGGAGGAGGAAUCAGGGGAGGAGGAGGAGGAGGAGGACGAGGAGGAGGAAGCGGAGGAGGAAGAGGCGAAUAAACCAGAGGAGGCAGAGUCAGUCCGAACAGGCGGUUCGGGUGUGGAUGUGGGGAUGGGGGAGGCAGUGGAAGAUGAGGAAGAACAGGAUGAGGAAGAAGAGGGGGAGGAAGAGGGGGCGGAAGAAGAAGAGGAGGAGGAUGAGGGUUAUAGUUUGGACGAACAGGUCAAGGUUGAGGAGGAGGGGAGAGUGGGGCCAGAUUAUUGGGAUGAGGUGAUGGAGGUGGAGGAGGAAGGAGAGGAAUUGGAGGAGCCCUUCAGCCCGGCCACUGUAACAACUGAAGAGGUAGCUGUUGUCACGACUGAUGAGGCGGUUACCGUAAUGGUUGAUGAUUUGGUUACCGUAACAGCUGAUAAGCUGGUCGUUGACUUGUCUGAUGGUGAUGAUGAAGAGGAGGACAUGAUAGGGGAACUCCAAGCUGAGAGCCUGGAGGGUGGGGGCACGGGGGGGAACCCGAGCACAAGCAAGGGGAGUGAAGUCAAGAGCAAGAGCAGCGGAAUGAGGAGUAAGAGCAGUGGGAGUCUGUUUCGCGGGCUGAGGAGCAGAAGCAAGCUGUUAUUAGGAGGAGGAGGCAAGGGGGCUGGGCAUGGGGAGGCAGGCAGUCAGGAGGAGCAGUAUGGGUCCACCACAGGGGCAGUGGCAGGUACAUUGAAUCAGGACAUUAGUGGCAACCCUUAUCCUUCUGCUGCUCCUCUCGCGUUCCCAGCAGCACUCUCUGUCAAUACCGCCGCCAGCAGCAGCGCCAUCAGCAGCAGCAGCGCCAUCAGCAGCAGCAGCAGCAGCAGCGGUAUGGCAGGGCUGCGAGCCCGCUCUUUUGCUGCAGUGGGGAACGUCAGAAGCGGUAUCUCCUCUGCAGCGAUAAAAGCAGCGGCUGGGAUCAGCUCAGGAGCGCGUAACGUCUCUGCGGUUACCAGCCUCCCCGGCGCGGCUGCUAGGAACGUGGCUGCUGCAGCAGGGGAGGUGGGGCAAGGGGCGAGGAGCCUUGCUGCGGUGGCAGCAGGGGGGGUGGCUACUGGUGCGGUGGCUGUUGCUGGGGGGAUCAAGGGAGGGGCGUGGAACGUGGCAGGGGGGAUUAAGGGCGGAGUGAGAACGGUGGCUGGAGGGGUGAGGGAUGGGGCAUUGACGGUUGCAGGAGGGGUGAAAGGAGGGGCUAUGACUGUUGCAGGAGGGGUGAAAGGAGGGGCUAUGACUGUUGCAGGAGGGGUGAAAGGAGGGGCUAUGACUGUUGCAGGAGGGGUGAAAGGAGGGGCUAUGACUGUUGCAGGAGGGUUGAAAGAGGGUGCUUUGACAGUGGCAGGGGGUGUGAAAGAAGGGGCUUUGACAGUAGCAGGGGGAGUAAAAGAGGGAGCUUUGACAGUGGCAGGAGGAGUGAAAGAAGGGGCUUUAACAGUGGCAGGGGGUGUGAAAGGAGGGGCUUUAACAGUGGCAGGGGGUGUGAAAGAAGGGGCUUUAACAGUGGCAGGGGGAGUGAAAGGAGGGGCUUUAACAGUAGCAGGGGGUGUGAGCGGGGGUGCGCUGACAGUGGCAGGCGGGGCACAGAGCGUGGCAUUUGCAGCAGCAGGAGGAAUCAAGGAAGGAGCGCGGAGCGUGGCAGGCACCGCAGCAGCGGCAGCAGCGGUGGCAGCAGGAGGGAUCAAAGAGGUGGCAUCUGAAAUCAGGCAUUUGGCAGAAGAGGUGGCAACUGGUCAGGCUGGAUCUGGCUCUGGCAGGAUGCAACGGGUGCAUAAUGUUGCGGACAGAGAGGAUAGAGAGGUUAAAGAGGGCGAGGAGGGGGACGAGAGGGGGUUGUUGCAGAGUAGCGGCUUGGGUAAGAGCAGAAGCAGAGAUGGGGCCACGAGCGCCGUUCGAACCAGCCCUGGCUCCUUUACAGGCAGAUCCGUUACAAGGAGUAAGACCCACGGCAGCCGAAUCAUCAGCAGUAGCAACUCCUCUAGCCCAAUGGUGCCUGCCAGCCUUGGUAGGAGCAGGAGUGGGAAGGAGAGAGAUGCUCCCGGCAACUUCACUGAAGGUUCCUUCGAUGCAGACUCCUUCCUGGAUGGUUCCUUUGAUUCUGACUCCCUGCCUAGGUGGUCCUUCGAUGCAGCUUCCUUCCACUCCAGCCCAGCCCAUACGGACCCUUUCAAUCCAGACCUUUUCGCUGUAGAUUACUCAGGCGGCCUUGGCACGGGCAGUACGGGUACCAAAUCACUCCCUAGAGGGGAUACUACCAGCAGGGGAGAGGCACAGGCACUUCCGCGUAAGGAGUCUAGAGGCAAUCUGUUGACAAGGAAAGGUGGCAGUGCUAGGAUGGCUAGAAGCGAAACUGCCACUCCUGCUCUGGCUGCUCUGGCUUCUUCACCGGGUCAGUUACCCUCCGCUGUAAAACCGAAAACGCUCGCUCGGAGUGCCACUGCAGUAGCCACAAGCUCAGGCGGACCUGACUCGGGUUCUGUUUUUGCCUCUCAACCGCACUCAACCGCUUGGUCUGUCGCUCAAGAGGACUGCACCGCAGCAGCAGUUGGGGCGCUGCCUAGCAGCAAGACCACCAGCGGAGUGAGCAGCAGCAGCGAGGCUGCGGGAAGAGGGAGUCUGAUUUUUUUGGGCAGCGCAAGCUUCCAGCAUGCCCGUAAGGGGCAUUCGAGAGAUUUGCCCGAGGAAAUCCCGUUCCUCAGGGUGACUAGCCUCGCAGCCCUUUCCCCUGAAGAUGCGCUGCUGGCGUUGUGGGAGGAGGAGGAGGAGUGUGAGGAAGGAGGGGAGGGUAGGAGAGGGAUAAGAGGCUCUCACUCCCGCCGUUUCCAUGCCUCCGGGCUUGCCAUUGCCGGGGCUGCUGCCGCAGCUGCGGCAGGGGUUCGGUCCGGAGCUAAGAACGUAGCUUCGGGAGCAAUGAACGUGAGGGCGGGGAUCAAGGGAGGGGCAAGGAACGUGGCGUCUGUGGCAGCAGCAGCAGCAUCGGGAAUAGGAUCGAGAGUGGAUAGUAUUGCUGGUUUGCCUGGUGGGCCGAGUGUGGGUGGGAGCCGGGGUAGCAGCUGCUGCAGACAGGCUCCUAGGACUGAGACGUUUGGGCACAAUGCGUCGUUCGUUGAUAGGUUUGUCGCGGGGUUGGAGGAGAGCGGGGUGGGUGUGGAGGGAGAGAGCGGACGCGAUUUAGGGGGAGAGGAAUGGGAGGUUGGAAGCGGUGAUGAGGGAUGGGGAGGGAUGGAGGAGGGAGUUGGAGAGGAGGAUGAGGAGUGGGAGUUGGCAGAGGAGGGUGAAGAAGGGAAGAGGGAGGGUGAGGGGUUAGAGGAGGAAGGAGGACGGCUGGAGGGGUUGGAGGGGGGGCAUGGAUUCGAGAGCUCUCAGAAACACCAGGGGCAGCACAGGGGACGAUUUUCACGUGCAUUUUCCAGCAGUGCUGUUUCGGUGCUUGCCCUUCCUGGCAGCAGUAUGGGUGAGGAGGAAGAGGAGGUUAGUGCAGCCAGCAGUGCAGCCAGCAGUGCAGCCAGCAGUGCAGCCAUGCGACGCUCAGUGAGCAGCAGGAGCAGCGGUAACGCGGUAACCAUCGGUCUUGCCGUGACCAGCAGCAGCAAUGCGAUACCCGAUAGUGCUGCAGUAACCAGCGAUGUUGCUUUGACGAGUAGAGCAGCAGCGGAGGGGCAGCACUGCCGGCGGGCUUUACCAGCCUACCAGGUGCCCCUGUCCCUCCGCAUCCGCAUCAGAGCAGCUUCGGAGCAACGCACUUGGUUAGACGGGGGUGAGGGAGUGGGUAAGGAGGGUUUGGAAAUGGGCGUGGAUGGGGGAGCGGCUAGGGCACUGCGUAUGUCCUCAUCCAUGGGUGACGGAUCUAGGCUUGUUGCCAGGUCAGCCUCCUUCACAGGGACAGGAGCACAGUCAGCGAGUCCAGCUGGCAGCGCCACGUCAGCAUCGCUGGAUAGUGUUGCAGAUUCCCGUUCCCCGCAGCAGCAGAAUCAGCGGAUGUUGCAAAGGGCUAAGUCCGAGGGUAGGGACGCUGCUGGUUCGGCUUCAUACUCCUUAUUGCAUGCUUCACAGUUGCGUUUUGCAUCGCAGACCGGUCGCAGUGGUUACAUGUCAAGCAGCCGCUCCGGUUCAAGGAAGCGACUGCUAGAAAUAUUCCGAGAGCAGCAGCAGCAGCAGCAGCAACAACAACAACAACCACAGGAGGAGCAGCAGCAGCAGCAGCAGCAGCAGGAGCAGCAGCAAAGGAAGCUAUCAAGUCGUGGUUUGGGCAGGAGAGGGCAGUACCUGAGGCAAUGGGCCUCAGCGGGAUGUCCCUCUCCCUUAAACGCUGCUGCAGAUGCUUCUCUAGCUGCUGCCUCAGGUGCCCGCUCAGGUGCCUCCUCAGGUGACUGUUCAAUCGUGGCCUCAGGUGCCGUCUCAGGUGCCGCGUCAGCAGCCUCCUCUCCCCUGCGCUCCUCAUUCACUGCACAGCCACGUGGCAGCUCUCCAGGAGCCUAUCUUCCACGUGGCAGCCUCUCAAUGGUGCACCGUUUCGUCUUUAUAGAUCCCCCAGCCAGUAGCAUUCGCCCUGCUGCCAUCACUGCCAGCAGCAGCAACACCCGUUAUCCUCGUAACCCUAGUAACCUAAGUAACUCCACUAACUCUAGUUACUCCAGUAGCUUCUGUAACACUAGUAACCCGAAUAAUAACCCCAAAAACUUGAAGCGGAUUGGCAGCGCCACGCGUGGCGGAUUCUCCAGCAGAAGCAACUCAUCAAGUCGGUUCCGUGAGAGCAAGCCCUCCCAGCUCAUCCGCAAGAGCAAGAGCAGCAGCAGCAGUAGCAGUGACUGGAGGCGUGAUGUUAGCUCGCACGAGAAGGAGCAGAUCAGCACGACAAGGGAUGCUCCUUCUCUCCAUCGCUCCAAGUCCUCUGGGGCGUCACUGGACAGGGCCACAGGUAGCGGGGAUUUCGUGUCUCUUCAGCAGACAGAGCAGAAGGAGCAGACAGAGCAGCAGUCUCGGCAAUUGCAGCAGGAGGAGCAGCAGGCGCAGCCGAUGAAGCCGACACUGCAGAAGCUCAGCUCGCGCUCCAACCGUGACUUAAUCGGUUUGCAGAAGGAGCAGGAGCAGGAGCAGCAGGAGCAGCAGGCACAGCAGGAGCAGCAGGAGCAGCAGGAGCAGUUGCAGCAGGUGCAGCAGUCACAACCAAUGAAGCCGACACUGCAGAAGCUCAGCUCGCGCUCCAAUCGUGACUCAUCUCUCUUGCCUCACUGCUCCCUUCCCCCCUCUUCCCUCCCUGCCGAACCCUCCACAUCCUCCCUCUCCUCUUCCUCCUCCUCUCUCCCCUCCUCUCUCCCGUCCUCUCAGCGACAUGCAGUUGAUCUCACCACCUCCUUCCCUCAAUUCAAGCGAGAAAUCGCCCGGAUCCGCUGCCUGUCAUCCCUUAGAUCCGCUGCUGCCUCUGCUGCCUCUGCUUCUGCUUCUGCUGCGUCUGCUGCCUCUGCUGCCUCUGCUUCUGCUUCUGCUGCGUCUGUGUCUCUGAGUGGUAAGAAGCACCCCCAGGAGCGGUGGCAGGAGUGGGCUGAGCAAGUGACGGGAAAGAAGCUCCUGUCACGACAGCUCAACGAGCAGCAGGAGGAGAAGCCGCGGAGUUCCGAUGAAAUUCAAACGGAUCAGCAGUCAGAUCAGCAGAAGGGUCGGGAGCAGGAUCAGCAACCGGUGCAGCAACCGGUGCAGCAGCAGGUGCGGCAGUUACAAGGCAAGCCACCCAGACCCGGGCUUCACCGCAGCGCCAGUGCACAAUCUCUCAACAGGCUUCAUCCAAAGGUCCCUCCUUCAGAAGCGCCUCGCAAGUCCCUUCUUGGUUUGAGGUCCCUCAGAAACAGUGUGAGUGCACAAUCCACUCUCAACAACACGGGCCACCCAGACCUCCCUCCUCGCUUCCCCUCGCCAGGUACCCCCUCAGAUGCCUCAGGUGAGUUGCCAGGUGCUUCUCCAGGUGAUUCUCCAGGUGCCUUUUCUCAGGUGCGUCCUCAGGUGCUUCCGCAGGUGUUCCAGUUCCUCUUUGAGCCGCACUUCCCGCUGCCAGAACCCUCACUGCCUGCUCGUGCGAACCUGCUUCUGGCCAAAUGCUCUGAGCUGUCUAGGAUUGAACGUAGAGAGCUCUCGAUCAGAGGGCUUAUUCUGAGGCCGGAGGGAGGGGAGAGUGUGAGACAGGAGGAGAGGAAGGUGGGUGUGGAAGGGAGAGAGCGAGACGGGGAUGGGGAGGGGGAGAAGGGGGUUGAGGAGGGGAGGAUGGCGGAGGAGAACGAGUGCGGUGCCGAGGGGUUGGGAGCGGGAGAGGGUGGUGGUGGGGAGGGGGAGAGGAGUAAGAUGGUGUGGGAGAAGCUAGAGCAGCAGCUGGAGGUGCAGAGGGAAGAGGAGGAGAGUCGAGAGAGAUUAUUAGAGCAGCAGCGAGCAGAGGGCAGAGAAGAGCGAGCGGAGAGCAGGGAGGAGCAAGCAGAGAGCAGAGAGCAGAGUGAUGCUGCUGCUGGCGGCGGGGAGGUGGUUGGGGGCAGUGCAGGGCAGGGUGAUGAGGUGGAUGAGCGUGGUGCUGUGGGGUUGAACCCGGUGCUGACACCGGCCAAACCGCCGCGCAUGCUUUCCCGGCUAAAUGCCACCCGACGCCGCCCGUCUGAAGACAACAGUUUCGAUGGCAAGAGCGUGGGAAGUAGAGAAGGGGAGGAGGAGGGUGAUAGGGCGAGUAAUCAAGGCGGGACGGAGGGUGAGGGAGAUGAGGGGGAGGAGGAUGGGGAGGAUGGGGAGGAGGAAGGGAAGGCAGAAGGGAAGGCGGAAGGGAAGGCGGAAGGGAAGGCGGAAGGGAAGGCGGAAGAGAAGGUGGAAGGCAAGAAGGGGGAGGAGGUUUUAUCUCCAAGAGAAGAAGCCAUGAUGCUCCUGUGGGUGAUUCCUGGGUUAGGGGGCGAGGAGGAGGAGGAGGAGGAGAGGAGGAGGGUGAGAAUACGUCAAGCCCUGGCAGCUGCAGCAGGCGGGAUUGCGAGUGGGGCUUUAACUGUGGCGGGGGGGAUCAAGGGAGGGGCGUUGAAUGUUAAGGAAGGAAUUAAAGAAGGGGCGUUGAAUGUUAGGGAGGGGAUUAAAGGAGGGGCGUUGAAUGUAAAGGAGGGUAUUAAGGGAGGAGCAAUUAGUGUAAAAGAAGGGAUUAAAGAAGGCGCGUCAAAUGUGAGAGAGGGGAUUAAAGAAGGGGCGCAGAAUGUAAAGGAGGGGAUAAAGGAAAAGGCGAUCAAUGUGAAGGAGGGGAUCAGGGGAGGGGCGAAUAAUGUUAAAGAAGGGAUCAAAGAAGGGGCGUUGAAUGUUAAAGUAGGGAUUAAGGGAGGGGCGUUGAAUGUGAAGGAGGGGAUCAGGGGGGGCGCAAGGAACGUUGCAUCGGUGGCGUUGGCAGCGGCGGCAGCAGCAGCAUCGGGGAUUGCAUCUGGUGAGUCAAGGCGGACACACAGCAUGGGUCGUCUGCCCCGACGUGUGACUAAGAGCGGUGAUGAUUCUAGCUGGGGUUCUGAGGCGCUUCAUAAGGAGGAGAGGGAGUGGGAGGAGGAGGAGGAAAAGGAAGAGGAGGAGGAGAGGGAGAGGGAGGAGGAGGAGGAGGAGGCGGGAACAGGGGAGGUGGGAGCUGACCCUGGGGCGCUUCAAAGCCUGGGGAGGUCUUAUCUGGGGGAGGUGGAGAUUGGUGCUGUUGGGUUUGCUAAGGUGGUACGGAGAUACGACGAUGAUGAUGAGGAGGAGGAUAAGAGUGAGAGUGUCAAUAACGAGGGUGGCAAUAACGAGGCCUUCUGGUGGGGGGACUACGAGGAAGAGGAGCAGCUGAUGCUGGAUGAUUCAGAUGAAACUUCAGGUGAAUGUUCACGGAACCCUGUUGUGCUUGGUGGUUUUCAGGAAGGUGAGGUCAUUGGUGGACGUGUGGUAAAGGGCGGGGCAUUAGAAUUGGGAAACGGGUGGGAUGAGGGAGGAGGAUUGGAAGAGGGAGAGGGGUUAGGGAAGGGGCUCGAAGGGGGAGGAGGGCAUGGAAGAGUGGUUGCUGGAUGGGGUGCUCUGAAGAAGCUUGAUAGUAGGCGGCGCGAUCGACGGUCGAGAUCGUCGUUUGGCUCCGAUCUACCGUCCGUGGAUGAAGAGGAGAUGGAGGUGGAUGGGGGUUUGAGUGAGGAGGGGAGGGAGAAGGAGGAGACGAGAGAGAGGGAGGGGAGGAUUGAGAGGGAGGGGAGAGGGGGGGAGGGGAGAGAGGUGGAUGAUGGGAGAGAGGAGGAGGAGGGGAGAGACGAGGGGGAGGGGAGUGAAGUGGAGGAGGGGAGAGUGGUGGAGGUGGGGAUAGAGGGGGAAGAGGGGAGCGAGGCGGAGGAAGAAAGAGAGGCGGAGGAGAAAACAGGGAUGAAGGAAGGAGAGUUGGAGGAGAUUGGGAGUGAAGGGGAGGAGGAGGAGGCUAGGAGUGAAAGGGAGGAGGAGGAGGCUAGGAGUGAAGGGGAGGAGCAGCACAGUGAGGCAGGGGAGGGAAGCUGCGUCGGGGAUGCAGGAACGUGGCAGGACGCGGGAGAGGCAGAGGCGCGACGAGAGGUGGAAGGGGAGGGAGAAGUGGAAGGGGAAAGCGAGGAGGAGGGAGGAGGAGAGGCUGAGGCGAAAACAGGGAUGAAGGAAGGAGAGGAGGAGGAGACUAGGGGUGAAGGGCAGGAGGAGGAGACUAGGAGUGAAGGGGAGGAGGAGGAGACUAGGAGUGAAGGGCAGGAGGAGGAGAGAGAGGCGGAGGAGAGAAGCUGCGUUGGGGAGGUGGGAAUGGUGCAGGAAGCGAGAGAGGCAGAGGAGGGUGCAAAGGUGGAUGAGGAGAGAGAGGUGGAAGGGGAAAGGGAGGUGGAGGAACGAGGAGAGGCAAUGGAGCGAACAGGGAUGGAGGGAGGAAAGGCUGAAGAAGAAGUUGAGCGUGAAAGAGUGGAGGAGGAGAGAGAGGAGGAGAAAGAGGAGAAAGAGGAGGAAGAGGAGGAGAAAGAGGAGAAAGAGGGAAACAGUAGUUGCGUUAGGGAAGUGGAAUUGGCGGAGGAAGGAGGAGAGAGUCUGGAGGGUACACAGAUGGAAGGGGAGCGAGAGGAGGGUGAGGAGGAGGAGAGUGAGGUGGGGAAGAGACUAGGAUUGGAAAAUGGAGAAGAGAACGAAGAGAGCGAGAAGAGUGAGGAGGGAAGUCAUAGGGACGAGCAAGAUUUGGAGGAAGAUGGGGCGAGUAGAGGCGAGGAAGUGAGGGAGGGGGAGGAGGGAAGGGAGAGGAAGGAGGGCGUAGAGGGGGAAGAGGGAAAGGGCGAAGAGAGGACAGAAGGAGUGGUGGAUAUGGGUGAAAUGGUAAAUGAGGAGGUAGAUGGGAGGGCUGAGGCCA